GUUGUCUUCUUUUCGCAGUUGCUUACUACUUGGAUGCGGGUUCAGUGAUUGAACGUUUGACGAUGCGUCCAGUUGCUCGGUCCGGUAAAGCAAAGUUAUGACCUUCCAUUUAAAAGGAGCCUGUUCGCUCCUCCAAAGGUGCUCCGGUGUCACUGGUUUCCAGGUCAGGGCCCGCAGCAGAAGCUUUUUGACCGAGUUGCCUUGGACAGGGUUAGUGUUGGUCUCUCGAUCAACUGAUGUGUUCCACAAUCUGGCUUUGGAAGACUGGAUAGAGGCCAAUGUUGACCUGGAGCGGCGUAGCAUCCUCCUACUUUGGCGGAACAAGCCCUGUGUUGUUAUUGGCCGCCAUCAAAACCCCUGGGCAGAGUGUCAUCUCAGCACUCUGAGAGAGUCUGACAUCCCACUAGCUCGCAGACGCAGCGGAGGUGGCACCGUGUUCCAUGACCUGGGCAACCUCAACAUGACCUUCUUCGCCAGCAAGAGCUCGUACAACCGACAGCGAAACCUGAAAGUUGUGACUGAUGCCCUCAAACGGUUGCGACCACAAUUACUGGUUUCUGCCACUGACCGCUUUGACAUUAUAAUGGAUGGAAAGUACAAGAUCUCAGGAAGUGCAUCACGGCUCAGCAGGAAGUCUUCAUAUCAUCACUGCACCCUACUUCACUCAGCUGACCGCUCCACCCUCAAAGCGGCUUUACGACCAUCCUGUGCUGGCAUCCUCAGCAAUGCUACUCCCAGCGUCCCCUCACCGGUUGCUAACUUAGUGGACAUUGAUCCUUCUCUCGGGUUGGAGGAGCUGCUAGAUGCUGUGGCGCAGCAGUACAAGACAGAGUUUGGCUUUAGCUCUACACCGAUCCAAGUGGAUCCAAAGGAUGUGACGUCGUUCCCGGGGAUUUCUGAUAUGGAAUCAGUGCUUCACCAGUGGGAGUGGACUUUUGGAAGGACACCCAAGUUUAGUGUACAUACUUUUCUGCCGCUGCCACUUGCUAGCUUGCCUGCUGAACUGCACCUGGAUGUGAAGAAUGGAGUUAUGGUGCACUGCAGGCUUGAUGUCCCUCCAGAUUGGCUGGCACCACAGCUAGUUGAUGGCCUGGUUAACGUUUUAGAGGGACAACGCUUCUGUCCAUAUAGUUCUGCUGCCUCGGUCGCCGCUUUCUUGCGGUCUGAGAACUGUGAGGGGAAAAGUCGACUCAAACAACUGAGUGAUUCUGUUUUAGCUAUUAUGUAG